ACCUCGGCGGGCCCCGCAGCCGCGACGCUCGAGCUAUGGCGCUGGGGCUGCACCGCGCAAGGUCGAGCACCGAGCUGCGCAAAGAGAAAUCCCGGGAUGCGGCGCGCAGCCGGCGCAGCCAGGAGACCGAGGUGCUGUACCAGCUGGCGCACACGCUGCCCUUCGCGCGCGGGGUCAGCGCCCACCUGGACAAGGCCUCCAUCAUGCGCCUGACCAUCAGCUACCUGCGCAUGCACCGCCUCUGCGCCGCAGGGGAGUGGAGCCAGGUGGGAGAGCCGCUGGAUGCUUGCUACCUGAAAGCCCUGGAGGGCUUCGUCAUGGUGCUCACUGCCGAGGGAGACAUGGCUUACCUCUCAGAGAACGUCAGCAGGCACCUGGGCCUCAGCCAGCUGGAGCUCAUCGGACACAGCAUCUUUGAUUUUGUCCAUCCCUGUGACCAGGAAGAGCUGCAAGAUGCUCUGACACCCCCACAGAACCUGUCCAGGAAGAAGCUGGAGGCCUCCACGCAACGCUGCUUCUCGCUGCGGAUGAAGAGCACCCUCACGAGCCGCGGGCGCACCCUCAACCUCAAGGCAGCCACCUGGAAGGUCCUGCACUGCUCUGGACAUUUGAGGGUCUACAAGCCCCCUGCACAGACCUCCCCUGCCAGGAGCCCCCGACGGGAGCCUCCACUGCAGUGCCUGGUGCUCAUCUGUGAUGCCAUCCCCCACCCUGGCAGCCUGGAGCCCCCGCUGGGCCGCGGGGCCUUCCUCAGCCGGCACAGCCUGGACAUGAAGUUCACCUACUGCGACGAGAGGAUCGCCGAAGUGGCUGGCUACCGGCCCACCGACCUGAUCGGCUGCUCGGCCUAUGAGUAUAUCCACGCUCUGGACUCGGAUGCGGUGGGCCAGACCAUCCAUACCUUGCUGAACAAGGGCCAGGCAGUCACUGGCCAGUAUCGCUUCCUGGCCCGAAGCGGCGGCUACCUGUGGACCCAGACGCAGGCCACAGUGGUGUCAGGGGGCCGGGGCCCCCAGUCUGAGAGCAUCGUUUGCGUCCACUUCCUGCUCAGCCGGGUGGAAGAGACCGGAUUGGUGCUGUCCCUGGAGCAAACGGAGCGACCCUCUCGCAGACCCCUACAGCGGGGCACCCCCUCUCAGAAGGACACCCCUAAUCCUGGGGACAGCCUUGACCUCUCCAGCCCCCGGAUCCUGGCCUUCCUGCACCCCCCUGCCCUGAGCGAGGCCGCUCUGGCCGCUGACCCCCGCCGUUUCUGCAGCCCCGACCUCCGUCGCCUCUUGGCACCCAUCCUCGAUGGUACUUCAGGAGCUGCCACCCCCAGCGCACCCCCAGCGGCCCGGCGCCCCCAAAGCCCUCUUGCGGCAGAUCUCCCCGAUGAGCUGCUCGUGGACAUGGAGAAUGCACACAAGCUCCUGGCCUCAGGAAGAGAUCUCGAAGCAGUGGAGACAGACCUAGAUAUAGCUCAGGACAGCGACGAUGCUCUGGCCCUGGAAAUGCUGGCUCCCUACAUCUCCAUGGACGAUGACUUCCAGCUCAACUCCAGCGAGCAGCCCCCCAUGGCCUGUCGCAGACCUCGGGGGGCUGCGCCCCGGCCUCGAGCCCAGAGUUUCCAUGGCCCAUCUCCCGCAUCCCCCGAGCCCUCCCUGCUGCCCCGCUGGGGGAGUGACCCUCGGCUGACCUGCUCCAGCCCUCCCAGAGGGAAGCCCCUCAUGGCUGGCGCCCGGAAGAGAGCCUUGGCCCAGAGCUUAGACGAUGACGAGGAGCUGCUGGGAGUGAGACCACCGAAGCGAUCCCCCAGCUUAGAACCCGAAGCCUUCCUGUUGCCUCCACUCAGCCUGAGUUUCCUUCUCACGGGAGGACCAGCUCUGGGCAGCCAGCCUGCUCCUGGCACCCCUCUCCUGGAACUCAGCGAGUCCCUAGGUUCAGCCUCCCCGCUGCUCUCGCUGUACCCCAGUGACAACACGGCCCAGCCUCGGAGCUGCUUCGAGCCAGCGGCAGGCUUGGCCCAGGCCAACUGAGUCGGCGCCUUCCCAUCUCCCCUCCCCUUCUCCUCCUGGCCAAAAACAAUGUCAGCCACACUCCAAAUCAGCAGCCAAGACACAGGAUGGGGUGUCGGGGGCGAAGGGAGACUCCCACUCUCUCCUCUGAGUGACCCCCACCCACCUCAGGCCUACCUCAGCCCCCACCCCUCCAGCCACCCCCAUCUUGGGGGGGGUCUUUGGGGUGGUCUCAGCUCAGUGACCUCUGGGAGAGGGGCUGCGGCCCGCUCCUGCUUCUCUCAGGAUUUCCCAUGGGGCUCCCCAUACUGGUUACCUCAUCCACUUCCGCCCCACUCCUGGCUUUAUUUUGGGUAAUUGGGGGUGGGGAGGUGGGGGGUUUGGGUCCGUAUCUCUGCGUUCUGGGACUUCGGGCUAACAUCCACCAUCCCCUUUUCAUUUCUACCCCUCUCCUUCCUUCCUAAUUUUCAUUGUUUCCACGAGAUGUUUUUGAUCACCUCGCUCAGGGGCCAUAAGAAUGGACCAGAAAGUGUAGAGGGCCAGAGUACAGGAUCCGCACGCAGGGAGCCCCAAGUUCCUCCCCUAGCACCGCACCAUCCCCAGAGCAUCAGCGGGUGUGGCCCCCAAAUAGAAAACAAACAGAAAAAGUUUGUGGGACGCUGCUGAGGUCUCCUUUUUGCUUUGUUUUAGGUUUUGGGGCCAUACCCUACGGUGCUCUGGGGUUACUCCUGACUCUGCACUCAGGGAUCAUUCCUGGUGGUGCUCGGGGGACCCUGUGGGAUGCCAGGGAUCGAACUUGGCUUGGCCGCGUGCAAGACAAACCCGCUUCUUUCUCUCCUUGGGUAUCCAAGGGGUGGCGCCAUCUCUGAUGGAGCCCUUAGCCUGUCCAGCACCUCUGGUCGGCCUCUUUCUGGCUUCCACUGCCCCAACUUCCCUGAGACACUGGCCACAUCUGGGGUCUUCCUGUUUCAGAGGCGAGGGACCUCAUUUCUGUUUCUUUCACCUCAGCCCUCCUUACUUUCUCCAAUUCUACACUGCACCGCCCCCCCCCCGGGGUCUCUGCCACACACACAUACACAUACACACACAUACACCCAUACAAGGCCAUCCUGGGGUUCUGCUAUUGAAAGCCGCCUGUGGGGUAAGGUUUAGUCCUUCCCCCAAAGUAUUCCAGGUCAUCUCGCUGGCCAGCUCUGUCCCCUUUUGCAGCUUCUGGCCUCCAACUUGGUUUCUAGGCUGUGUGUCGUCUUCCCAGCUGCCAGCGGGAAGUCACUCUUGCACUUUCUCUGGCCCUGGUGCUGUCUGCUUCUGCCUCCCUGGCUCAGCAUGGCAUGCGCUGAACCUCAUUCCGGUUCCUGCUGAUUCCAGGUCACUUGUGUGGAUCAUUUCCCAAUUCUGGACUCUCAAAUCAGGCUUCCUAAUGGAUCUUCCAAGCUCACGUGUUUGCUUCCAAAUACCAGCUUCCUAGUGUCUAUUUAUUUAUCAGAGUGGGGGAGGGUACAGACCGGAUGCCAGUGUCUGGGGGCUACUUCCAGCUCUUGGGGGACCAUGUGGUCCAUCCUGAGCAUCCUGCCGGCAAAGCCUGUGCUUUGAGCCCUUUGAGCCCUAGCUCUGCCUCAGGCUUCCUUGUUUAGAAAUAAGCUCCCUCCUUUAGCUUUACACUCAAGAGGUCCUUUUGUUUGUUUGGGGGGCCACACCAGUGGUGCUCACGGACUUACUUCUGGCUCUGUACUCAGGGAUCAUUCCUGGCACUGCUCAAAGGCCCGAUAUGGGGUGCUGGGGGUUGAACCCAAGUUGGCUAUGUGCAGGCAAGCACCCUGCCCAUGGUGCUAGCUCUCUGUCCCCUCAAGGCACGCUUUUACCAUCAGCAAGAAGUCCACAAUAUAUAUUGGCUUUUUGUGUCACCCAGUGAUGCUCAGGGUUUAUUCCUAGCUCUACACUCAGGAAUCACUCCUGGCAGUGCUUGGGGGACCAUAUAGGAUGCUGGGGAUCGAACCCAGGUUGGCCACGUGCAAGGCAAGCAUCCUUCCCGCUGUGUUGUCACUCUGGCCCCGAAUUCUUGUCUUGAUCUCUACUGCCGGGAUACCAGACACCAGAUUCCUCUGGCACUGGGCAUCAGGACCCUGCUAUUGACUGAUGCCAGGUGCAGCAGUUUUCCGUGGCUGUUUCCAGGAUCCUGAGUCUGAAUUUGAUCAUUUCUUUCUCCUCGUCCCCUCCACCCCACCCCAUGAAAACUUGGCCUCAAAAGUCUUUGGAUUCCAGCCCUCAUUCUUUAAGUGCCCUUGGAUCUGGAUCUCCUGAGAGACACUUCUCCUGCACUGCACAGCGCAUGUGUGCAGUUACUCUCAGCCUUCAGACAGUUUCCGGUUUGACUUAUUUUGGGCCACACCCGCAGGUGCUCAGGGCUUCCUCUGGCCCUGCGCUCAGGGCUCAUUCCUGGUGGAGUGCCAGAGAACCUCUGGGGUGCCCGUGAUUGAACUCGGGCCGGCUGCACGCAAGGCAAGUGCCUUCCCUCACUGUGCAGGGCUCCGGAGUCCUCAGUUUUGCAUUCUAGGUCUCCCUUGAGGAUGGGCACUGAUUUUAGACUACACCCCUCCCCAGUCCUGAUUCGGUGUGCUGCCACUCCAGAAUCAAUCUGUUUCUCCAACGUCAUCUUCAGAUGUUUUCUAACUCAGACUCUCUAAAUUCCUCUGGAUUCGGGCCGCGUGGACUCCACCUCUUUGGGACUUCACGUCGACAAGCUCCUGGUGCAGGAAUGUGGUCUCCAAAUAACUUCUGACUCAAGAGCUGGGUGUGGGUCCUGUUGAUACGCAGCAUUCUGAGUCUCACAGCCCUCAUUCCAGACCCCACCGCCCCAGUGUGCCAGGGUCCCGGCCCACCCCUUUCAGCACGCCCCACUGGCUUCUCUGCGUGCGGGCUUCCCCAUCUCGGCUCCUUGCCACCAGGUUCUCUGCUCCUUCCUGUGCUUCCAGUUCACCCCUUCCACUCUCAAAUCUCAUCUUCCUAACAUUUCUCUGUCCUAGAGUCCCCUCUGCACCCCCUACACCUCAGCCCACUAGGAAUCUGUUCCAGGAAUCUGGGGGUCCCGGGGCUCCCUCACUGUUCGGGAGACCACCACAGCCGCACAGGCUCACGCACAACCUCAUCUGCACAUUUCACGGCGAGGGGGAAGAGAGAACAGGACUUCAGUCUCUCCACCCCCACCUAUGUGUCCCCCCCUCACCAUCCCGACCCUCCCCCCUUCUACAAUGGUGCUAUCUUGGUCUCCCUCAAGGAAAAGACCUCCCUCCCUCAGCCUGCUUCACCCCCUUUUUUUGGAAGGCAGUUCUUGGAUUUGUCAGGGGACAGCCUGUCCAGAUAGGUGCUAUAGGGGCGUAAAGGGCUGACUCAUUGCUGGAUCUUGGGGAGCGUGGUUGGGCCCUC